AUGUAUGAGCCGGUUAAAAACUUGUACGUUGGGAAAGACCAUGUAGGUGAUGUUCCUUUGAGCAAGAAAAUCCUUGCUGGUUUGACAACAGGUGCGCUGGGUAUCAUGGUUGCGAAUCCCACUGAUCUUGUGAAAGUUAGACUUCAGGCUGAAGGGAAACUAGCUGCAGGUGUACCAAGACGGUAUACUGGAUCGCUGAAUGCCUACUCAACGAUUGUUAGACAGGAAGGAGUCCGAGCUCUUUGGACUGGUCUUGGACCUAAUGUAGCUAGAAACGCUAUCAUCAAUGCUGCUGAAUUAGCCAGUUACGAUCAAGUGAAACAGACAAUCUUGAAGAUUCCGGGUUUCACUGAUAACGUUGUCACACACAUUCUAUCUGGACUGGGAGCAGGAUUCUUUGCUGUCUGCAUUGGUUCCCCUGUUGACGUGGUUAAGUCAAGAAUGAUGGGAGAUCCUUCUUACAAAGGCACCAUUGACUGCUUCGUCAAAACUCUGAAAGCCGACGGACCUAUGGCAUUUUACAAGGGUUUCAUCCCCAACUUUGGACGUCUUGGCUCAUGGAACGUCAUCAUGUUUUUGACCCUAGAACAGGCAAAGAAGUAUGUCCGGGAACUAGAAUCGUCCAAGAAAUGA